CACACAAUAUAGUUCGUUACGCUCCGCAGUUCCUGUAUGAUAAUGUUAAAUAUCAUGUGUACGAUCAAAAGACUAGGCUAUGACACGGAAAACAUAUAUAUAGUGUUGUUUUUAUGCUUGGUCCAUUGAUCUGAACUCAGGGCAUGAUAUAAGGCAAGAUGAAGGACAGGCUCCGUGAUCUGCAAGCUGUCAUCCAGAACUUCAGUGAGAAACAAGAGCCUCUCAGUGACAAUGAUACCUCCAGCCAGCUGGAGCAGCAGGCUGUGGUCUUUGAGUCAGAAGACACUAUGGAGGGCGUCUUUGCGGAGGGACAGGCCAUAAGGAAGGAGAUCUCCGCCCUGAAGAUGGACGUCAAGCGGCUGGGCAAGCAGAACACCCGCUUCCUAACUUCUGUCAGGCGCAUCAGUAGCAUCAAGAGGGACACCAACGCCAUCGCGCGUGACAUCAAGACUCGUGGGGAGGGAAUCUAUAAGAGACUGCAGAAGCUGGGGGCGCACAGCAAAGAGCUGGAGGAAGAGCAGGGUACCAAUGCCGCCGUGGUGCGGAUGGUGCGCUCACAGUGCAUCUCCCUGACCAACAGCUUCCAUGACGCCAUGUCUAACUACAACGAGGCAGAGAUGGCCCAAAAGGAGAACUGCAAGACCCGCAUCCAGAGACAGGUGGAGAUCAUGGGCAAGGAGGUCACCGGCGAGCAGAUCGAGGAUAUGAUCGAGACGGGCAAGUGGAACGUUUUUUCCGAGAACCUGCUGACCGACGGCAAGACCGCGCGCUCGGCGCUCAGCGAGAUUGAGAACCGCCACCGGGAGCUCCUCGAGCUGGAGGGUCGUAUCCGGAACAUUCACGACCUGUUUUUCCAGAUGGGUCUGCUGGUGGAGGAGCAGGGAAGCAUGCUGGAUAACAUCGAGGCCAACGUGAAGAACACGGAGGACUACGUGAUGAAGGCCACGUCCGAGAUCAAGCAGGCUGUGAAAUACAAGAAGCAAAACCCAUGCAGACAGAUCUUCUGCUGCUGUUGUCCAUGUUGCAAAUAAUGCAGCAAAUAUUAAGAGGACAAUUCAUUCUCAUGUUUCCUUAUGCUUCUGAAGAUGAGGGAUGAUCACUGUCAGAGACUAAGGUUCUUCAGUAUUUUCGUCGUUGAAAAAAAUUAAAAUUGGUGUUGGCCUUCUUUAUGAAGACAGAUUGGGAGUUUUAAGCAAGCAAACCAUUUCAUACAUACUUUCCAUAUUGGCAGGGUCCUGAAUAUUAAACAGUGGACACUGGAUACACUUGAAACACAGCAGUAGUGGCAAUGGCUGACCUUUAACCACAGGAACACACAUGCAAAUGCAGCUUAAACGCUGCACAGUACCAGCUUGUCCAUUGACAUCGAUAUAUUGAUAUGAAGCUGUCAUCUGACUCUUGUGAGUUUUGCAUGGUAUAUACAUAUUAAAAUAGUUCUUCCGUUC